ACUGCAAAUCAAAAGAAACCCACUUCAAGCCUUUUUGUGAGCAAUUGAGCAUUAACUGUGUCUUUCCUUCAAACCCUUGACAACUCCGCACGUUUAAACCCUUUCGCUCUUCCUCGGUUAUGUGAAGCAAAAAUGGUAGAACAGAAACCCAAUCUCACAGCCGGACUUUGGCCCUCAGUCAAGCCUUUUAUCAAUGGAGGCUGUUCUGGUAUGCUAGCCACAUGCGUUAUCCAGCCAAUUGACAUGAUUAAGGUAAGAAUACAGUUGGGCCAGGGGUCAGCCGCACAAGUGACCAGACAUAUGCUUAAAGAUGAAGGCUUCGGUGCUCUUUACAAGGGUUUGUCUGCUGGGCUGCUUAGACAAGCCACAUAUACAACUGCCAGACUUGGAUCAUUCACAAUGUUGACAAAGAAAGCUGUUCAAGAAAAUGACGGGAAGCCGUUGCCAUUGUAUCAGAAGGCUUUGUGUGGGCUGACAGCUGGAGCGAUUGGAGCAUGUGUUGGCAGUCCAGCUGAUUUGGCCCUCAUCCGUAUGCAGGCUGAUGCCACCUUACCUGCUUCCCAUCGGCGUAACUACAAAAAUGCCUUCCACGCCCUUUAUCGUAUUGUUGCAGAUGAAGGAGUUUUAGCUCUCUGGAAAGGUGCUGGCUCAACCGUGGUUAGAGCAAUGGCACUUAACAUGGGAAUGCUUGCCUCUUAUGAUCAAAGUGUUGAGUUCUUUCAAGAUACACUUGGUAUGGGCGAGGCUGCCACAGUGCUAGGGGCCAGUAGUGUUUCUGGGUUCUUUGCUGCAGCCUGCAGUUUGCCAUUCGAUUAUGUGAAAACACAAAUUCAGAAGAUGCAACCAGACCAUCAAGGAAAAUAUCCAUUUACUGGUUCCUUCGAUUGUGCCAUGAAAACUUUGAAGUCUGGAGGCCCUUUGAAAUUUUACACCGGAUUUCCAGUGUAUUGUGUUAGAAUUGCCCCCCAUGUCAUGAUGACAUGGAUAUUCCUAAAUCAGAUCCAAAAGAUAGAGACAAAUAUUGGAUUGUAGUUUCUUCUCGUUCAUGGGAAAAGCGCACAAGUCAAACUUCAUGAUUUUUAACCCAACUCUUGACUGUCUCAUAAUUGGUUAAUGCAGGGAUUUGAAGUUCCUGUGAUUUUUCUUUUUUAAUUUUUAAAUUAUUAUUUUCCGGAAUUUUCCUGGCGCAAUUUUUUGUAAUAAAAAUAAUAAUGUAUGUACCCAGCAUUCCAGCAAUGAGAAUUGAAUUCUUUUCAGGCAUCCAUCAGGGCUUGGCUAUGUAAACAUGUCCGGU